CGCCGCCGCCUGCUGCCUGCUCUGCGCCCUGUCAGGAGAGGCUCAGGAGACAGGAGAGGCCUCAGUGUCACCACCGCCUUUUCCUAGCUCAGCACUAACCUCGCAUCAGCCAAGGGAAGCCUCUGGCUUCAGUCCAGUCACUGCUGCCAUUCCUCAGACAAGCCUGGAGAAAAACUUGACUGCUGCAACACUCAGUGCCACUGGAGCCCACUCUACAGAGGUGAAUGAUGCCUUCCUUCCCACCACCCCCAAGACAGGCUCCGAGGCAGAGAGACUGCAGGCUUCUACCACUGCCAGUCCUGGGGACAUCACAGUCACACAUCCUGAGCAUGACAACAUGAGCUUCUCAGUCAACAGCAGCACUGAAAUCCCCUCCCCUACCUUGACUACCAGCACUCUGGAAGAAAACCAGCCUAGCCAUGAAGCCACAGAGCCUUUCAGCACAACUGAAGAAGUGGAUGAUGCCAGCAGUGCAACCCCCACAUCUUCUCUGAACACUGUGCCAGCAACAACUAACAACUCUCAGUCAGGGCUUUUUGAUGGGCAGACCCUGGGGUCCACAGCAGCAAGGUCUGAAACCAAGCCAGGAACAAGCCCUGUGGCUGCCACAGAGGAGAGCACUGUGGAGCCCAGAACUUCCUCUGCUUCCAUCUCCACUGUACGGAGCAUGUCCUUUGCUGCUGCCUCCAGUUUUGUGACAGAGACACGCCUUGUGACCAGCUUCACGGCUGCCAGCACAGCUGCCAUCCCCACCAGCACACCCACAAUGGCACAGUCAUUGGAGCCCAGGCACGAGAAGGCUUCUGUGGUGGAUGUUGGUGAUGAUGACAAUUCAGAGCUACCCAGUUUGGCUGGCAAAACAAGGGCUGAUCCCUUGGUGAUCACUGUGAUCUCUGUCUUCAUUGUCAUGGUGGGCAUCCUGGGCCUGGUGGGCUUCUUGCGAUACCGCCAGCACAACAACCGCAUGGAAUUCCGGCGCCUGCAGGACCUGCCCAUGGAUGACAUGAUGGAGGACACCCCUCUCUCCCUCUACAGCUACUAGGCAACCAAGCUAUCCACUGCCCAGAGGAAAAGGCCUUGAGGACUUGGUCCCAGACGAUCUGCUGAGGAAUGAGGGGCUGUGAUUUGCAUACAACUGAAAGAUCCUCUUCAGAUGGUUUUUGGUUUUAGAUGUUUUAAAUAGUUCAGUGUUGAAGUUCCUAUGCUGCAAAUCAGAGCCCACGUCUGACCCUUUUCUCCAGGCUCUCCUCAAAACAAUGCCCUGAAGACAUGUCUCCUUUUAGUGUGGCAACCAAUUAGCCAAGAUAACCUUUGCCAUGGUGUUCUCCAUGGAUUUCUUCUGUUCCAUCUUGGUGGCUGCUGCCUUCAAAGGAGGUGGGCAAGUGAUCCAGAUUAGGACUCUUAACACUGGUGGUGUCAGCAUAGUGCCAGCAAAGGAGACUGCUGUUUUCUGAGGAAACCAAGGAUGUGGAAAUCAGUUCUCUUGGCUUCCCUCUUGUUCUGUAUUUUUAAGGUUGUUUGUUUUGGGGGUUUUCUUGCACUUUUUUUGUUCCUGUUUCAGCUUUAGUCCCAGGAUUGGCAUUACCCAUCCUGAAACACCUACCAGGAGGAUAAAAGACUACUCUGCUUCCUUCCUAGAUGCAUACCUUUUCUCUUUAACUAGGGAAAACAGGUUUGUGGCCACUGGAGAAGUGCCCCUGCUCCUUGAUGUUGCUUUGAAGUUGCUGGGAGGAAAAUGAACAUAAUGCUAGCUUAACCAAGCUUGAUAGGACUCAGUCUAUUGCCAAUUAGACACGCUAAUUUGGUCUCACCAAAAUUAGGAAACCGUGUCUCCUACACUUGAUGCUUUUGGCAUAUGUGUAAAUUCCUUUCCCAAGCUCAGUAAAUGCUUUAGUCCAUUUCCUUGCCUGGGCUAACACAAGCCUUUCCUCAGGUACCUCUCAUUUUGCUUCUAGCAUCUGGUUGCUGGAAGUUGUACAAAACUGAUCCUUUGCUCUCCCUGCUGUGCUAUGCAAGGUCAAAGCUCCUCUACUUUUUGAUGUUGGUCUUUUGAGCCAGAUAAUGUCAUGAGGACAGAUCCUGGAUGUAGGUGCCUUCCCUUUCUUGGUGUUAUGCUGAUUAGAUUCUGCACUUUUGCCUCAAAAUAUCACUGCUGUACACUGCAUCUUGAGAGGCUCUUGAGGCUUCUCAAGGAAACUCAUAGAUCAGAGCCUUUGAGUGUGAAUCAGAGGAUCUUUUGGUGCCCUUGCUUCAGAAAGACCAGAGUGUGUGUAACAUGACAGUCUUCAUGUAAUUACACCUGCUCCUGUUUUCUAAGUCACAUUUAACUGCAGGUAAAUGGAAACACAUGCCUUCUCUAGAGUAUUUGAUUUUUGACUAAGCCAGUUGUUCCCUCAGGAUACAGCAAGGGCUAGAGUUUAUCUGCCACAUUGCUCUUACAAGCCUCAGUUUCUCCUCUCCUUUUAGUAGCAACAUCACUGAACCCCAAAAAGGACAGAUACCAGCCCUCACCUGCAAGAGUACCUUUAUUUGCCAGUGCUGUUAUUGGUUGUCGUAGCAGGGAAAGGGGAAUUUCUCCAUCAGCUGAGCUCAAGUUAUCUGGAAAGCCCAAAGGUGGAGCAGAACCAGUCUGGGUCAAAUAGGUGAACUGGUUAAGGCAGCAGUUCCUCCUCCCUGUGUUGCUGCUUCCAGAGUGGCUGACAAAUGGCUGCAGUGCAGUUGUGCUUCAGCUGUUGGCUUUGGCCUUCUGUCUGAGUAUUGAUGCCCAGUAAAAUAGAGAAGAGGGUUGGUUCUCUCCUAUGAUUGCAUGAGAACUAAAGAGCAAUUGUCACAACUCCAAAGCUUUUGUAUCAAGCAUUGUCUGCACAGAGCGAUCUCCCUAGCUACAGACUUGUUUCCCCUGCCGGAGGGCAGGGUGCUACUGGUUUUCGGCACAAAGUUGGCAAGUUAGUGGUGGAAAAUAGAACUCUAUCCUGGUUGCAACUGGUGCAGGCUGGCAUAUCUGGGAAGUGUCUGCACACAGUCAACAGGGCAGGGGCUGGUUGUUCUGGUUUCCCAUGCAUUGCUGUCCAGGGGAAAGGGGUGAGGAAGAAAACUUGCCCAACACCAAAGUGCAACUUUGUUUGUAAAAUAUGUUGAUAGUGGAUUUUUUUUUUCUGCAAUAAAGUUACAAAUGCCAAAA